GUUUCUGUUUUUUUGGAUGCGAUUCCUCGACCUAUGUGAGUUGUGGUUUCACAUUGGUUUUACAUGGGGGGUUUUUUUUUAACGCUGUGCCCCAGUGCGCUUCUCACGCCUUCUCUGGCUUUCGGCUUUGGGAGAGAGACACGGUUUGGACGAUGAGGAUAUGGGAUGAAGAACUGUAUUCACCGUCUCUUCCCUCUGCUGCUGCCUGGAUUCAGUUUCUGUUCCUUUGUUUUUUUUUUUUUUUGUUUUUUUUUUUUUGGUACCUUUUGUGCUCCACCAUACAAAGACAUGCACGACAGGCUACUUUUACGUUGCUGCAAAAGGGGACGUGUGCUCAGUCGACUUACUUUAUUCAUUUAAAUAAAGGUCAAUGAAUAAACACUAAAAGCUUUCACAUCCUAACCCAGCAAAACUGAAAUGCAGGGCAGUUCCUCAGAGAUGAAAAUGACAGACACCCUAAAAGUACUCUGAAUGCAUAAUAUCAAAAUUUUGCCCGAGUAACAACGUACGUAUGACACUAACUGAGGUCUCUGUCCUAACCAUAUAUACUACACUGCUGCACCCAGUUUGCCUCUUUCCCGAAAACUGUGGAUUCACCCAAGCAGGGGUGGCUGAAGCCCUCUGUGUGACCUCACCUGUCCGUUUCCAGGUGUGGGGAGCCAUGGAGGAGCUGCGGGCGGUCCUCCUCCUCUUCCUCCUCCUCCUCAUCCUCGCCCAUGUCUGUCAUCCAGCCCUGGGAUUGGCCGUGAGCUGCCAGUUGGAGUCUUUCCACGUCGGGCUUAAUUUGUCCGCAGUGUGUCGCAUAAAUCAGCCCGCCCCACCGGGUUGCCUGGGCCAAUCGCUUCGCCUCGUCGCAGACGGACAGCUCCUCCUGCCCUAUCGCCACACCCGUGACGCUGGCUACUUCACGGUGCCAGCCGGCCCUGGGACCCGCCUCCACCUGCGCUGCGAGCUCGCCUGCCCUGGCCCGCGACCCAACGCCACGUGCGACAUCACAGCCUGUGAGUGCGAUGUCAUCUCCGUUCCAACCGCCGCAAUAUUUUUCUCAGUCGAGGUCCGCCAUCUUCAGGGACGUUCCAACCCGUUUAGACGUUCCUUUCCGGGGGGGGGGGCGACGUGGCUCAGGCAGCGAGAGCAGUCGUAUUUAAAAAAAAUACUUUUUCAAAACGGCAGCCAAUUUAAAUGACACCCCGUUCAUAUCUCGACUAUGAGUUUCAAAGUGGUUACGUGCGUUAGAAAAGCAAGUUGCCAGCGAGUCGUCGUGUUGAAACCACGACUGUCACAUUCUGCCAAUGUUCGCUGCCAGGCGAGUUUCCGACUGGACUGAGUCAACCGUCGAGCGAGAACACUGAAAGGCCUCUCAUUAAGGAGUAUCCACGGCA